GUAAUCUUUUUAGUCGUGAAUAAUAAGACCACUUCCAAACAGAACAAUAGGGGAAUCUUGUGACGUCAUGCUGUCUAAACACCGGCUAUAUAUGGUUCAUAAAGCCCACCAUAGAGCACAGACUUUUAAAUACACUCUACACUCUUUUUUAAAUCUAAAAAAAUAUAAAUGAAACUAUAUUAAUGCCAAAUUUUCAUCUGACCAUCUGAUGAACAUUAAUUCAUUUAGACAUGUUAAAUCUGAUUUAUUCUAGAAGAUUGUCUUGGACGUUUAGUGGGUUAAAAACUCCCGAGGACUGUUGAUGCCAUGUCAGCCUCCGAGAAGUACGAAUGCAGUCUGGAAAAAGCCAGUCUGAAAAAAGCUGCGAAAGAACUGAACGAAGACCCAAAAGAGAGAGAGAGCGCGGUGGCGUCUUUCCGACAGUGGAUCGAGCAAAAUAAUGCUUGGUUAAAAACUCCAACAGACACAAAGUUUUUGUUAGCUUUUUUGCGCAAUGCAAAAUUUGUUCAACUGGCUGCUCGGAAGAGGUUGGUGAAUUUUUGGACAAGCCGGACUGAGUGCAAGGAAUGGUUUCACAACAUCGACGUUCUCGACCCAGUGAUUGUUGAAUGUAUCAGAUUGGGGUCAUUCAUCGUUUUACCCAAGAAAAACAAGGAAGGACAAAUUAUCUUAAUAGGAAGGACAGGUUGCAUGGACGUAACUGGCAAGUACUCUGUGGACGACCUAAUGAGAUCAUUUGCUCCCAUGCUGGAUUUUCACCUAAUGGAUGAAAACGCUCAAGUGAACGGCUACGUGAUAAUUGAGGACAUGGGAGACUUGACGAUCAAACACCAAACCAUGUUCGGUCUUGAUACCGUAAAGAAAACGAUGUCUGCUUGGAUUAAAUCCUAUCCAGCGCGGUAUAAGGGCAUCCACUACUAUAACACCAACCCGAUUUUUGACGCAAUGUUUGCCAUUUUCAGUCCUUUCUAUCCGGAGAAACUAAAGCAGCGGCUUCAUUUUCACGGUAAGAAGUUGACGGACCUGUACCAGUAUGUGGACAAGAGCUGUCUCCCGGAAGAAUAUUUACCUGAUGACUGCGCGGAAGCCACUGUGGGAACAGCCCAAGAUUGUGUCGAGGAUUUCAUUCGUAAGUUACAGCAGCCUGAGGUACGAGAUUUUCUGUUACGUCUGUACAGUCCUGAGUUUGGUGUGAAGCUAGACCUUAAACCCAAAGACGACGAGCUGUUUAAUGAGGCCUUCAGAAAACUCAACGUUGAUUAGCUGGGUUAAGUCCUACGGCCACGUCCACCUAGUGCGCCUGGGGCCUCGUGCACAAAGCCAUCGUAGCCUAAGUUGACUGUAACUACCAAGGCAACAUUUGCUUUUAACAUGUGUUAACACAUAUGUUACAUGAACUUUGCCUACGACCGCUUUGUGCAAGUGGCCCUUGGCCGUUGUGCGGAGACUGGAACUAACACACCUCUAUCAACGAGAUACCCUUUCCCGCGCAGUGGCGUCUUUUGUCAAAGCUGAAGUAUUCUUUUUAUUGCUAAUUUUGGCAGGUAUUGUAUUAUCUUAAGUCACGUCAGAUUUGUUUGUUCAUACGGAGUUCAGUUCACUGGUGUUGUUUUGUAGGAGUACAUUUUCUGCUUGUCUCAUCGGAAUAUUGACUCGCAGAAAUUAAUGCAACACGGAAGACACAGCACUAAUGUCAUCGGUACGUAAGAUUUCCACAAUAUAAAGCAUUGUUACCACCGCUUAGAAGUUAUGUUUUUGCCGGAGUUUAUUUGUCUCUCUGUCUGUCUGUCUGUCACCAAGAUAACCAGAUAAAUUUGGCCAGUGCAGUAAUUUGUAUGAAUUGUUGUGCCCAGGCUGACCGUUUGCCAAGCCAGUUAAAUUUUGCUGGUGAUCGGAAUCUCAAUCAAAGUCCAGGAAUUUUUAAAAUUUUUAUGACAAAUAGGAGAAAAUUGAAUGGUAUAUUGCUGCGUAUUUGUAGUGCCAGAAUUGGUAUAUCUAGCUGUGGCGGGGGUUUUGUGUUCUCGAAAUACCUUUUAUUUGCUACAUGAAUAGUGCAAAGAUGUUAGUAUAGGC